UCAAGUGCCAUUGCCAAUACAAAUCCUAUCAUUCCUUUCCAAUAUCAUCUAAACCUCCACUUAACAAAAUGAAGAAGCAAUCUCUCUUGUCCAUCUCACUAGUAGUGCUACUUUCAUUUUUGUAUUCCACAACCACUUUAGCCCAAUUAUCACCAGCUUCUGCCCCUCUAAAACCAGUUCAACCUAGCCCUACCCCACCAGCUGAGGCACCUAAACAAGCAUUGGUUCCCUCAUUGCCACAGUCACCAAGUGAUUCAACACCAGACACUGCAGCACUUGACAUUGUUGGAAUCCUGAGGAAGGCUAAGUCAUUCAACAUCCUAAUCCGCCUCAUGAAAACCACCCAAUUGAUCAACCAACUUAAUGCACAACUCCUCACUACUAAAUCUGGUGGCAUCACCAUUCUUGCACCCGAUGACAGUGCCUUCUCAGAACUCAAAGCAGGCUUCCUCAACUCUCUCUCGGAUGGACAAAAACUCGAGCUCUUACAGUUCCACGUUAUUUCAGACUAUGUAUCUAGCUCCAACUUUGAUACUCUUACAAAUCCCGUGAGAACACUUGCAGGAGCUAAACCUGGGAAGGUGGAACUGAAUGUGAUAAGCUACGGUGGGAGUGUGAACAUAUCAACGGGUGAGGUUAACACAACCAUCACUGGCAUUAUAUAUACGGAUAAACAUCUUGCUAUAUAUAAGGUGGGAAAGGUGCUUCUUCCAAUGGACUUCUUUGUUGUUGCUAAGGCACCUGCAAAGGGACCCUCCUUGGCUCCACAACCUUCAAGUGAUGCUGCAAAAGCGCCAAAAGCUGAUAAGGACCCAUUAUCUGCAGAUUCCUCAGAUUCAUCUCAAAUUAAUUCCACAAGCGAAAACUCUGGCACUGUGAAAAUCAAUGUGCAUGGAAAAUGGGUGGCCCUUGUUCUUGGACUAGGUCUCAUGACUGUAGUCUCAUCAUAAAACAGAAUAUGAUUAGCCUAAUUUACCAAAAUCCAAGACAUUAUGGAUGCAAUUAAUAUUCAAGAGUACUAUCUAUGAUUACGAGAAAAAAGUGAUUGUUACAGUGGUGAAUUAUCGUAUAUUGUAUCCCUUUGAAUUUAUUCCAAGAUAUAUGUUAUUGUUCCUU